AUGCCUCUCGCCGUCGGACAGUCCGCUCUCAAGUCGGAGGUCGAGGUCGCCCAGGCUGAGGUGCCUCAGCUUGAAGAGGUCACAUGGUGGCGUGAAGCCGGUCUGCGCAAGCUCUACUUUUGGGCAUCUGUUCUUUGCGUCGCAUCUGCGACUACUGGUUACGAUGGAAUGAUGCUGAACACCUCCCAAAAUUUGGAUUCAUGGCAGACCUUUUUCAAUACCCCUUCCGGCUCCAAGCUGGGAUUGAUGAAUGCGAUCUACCAAAUUGGUAGUUUGGCCAGUUUUCCCUUCGUUCCCUUCAUGGCCGAUCGCUGGGGCCGUAAGCUGCCCAUCAUCAUCGGAUGUGUUCUGAUGAUUAUGGGUGGAUUCCUCGGCGCAUUCUGCAAGGAUUACGGAAUGUACGUCGCCGGUCGCCUGUUCCUUGGCUUCGGCAACAGUCUGGCCCAGAUGGCCUCUCCAGUUCUCCUGACCGAGAUCUGCCAUCCCCAGCACCGUGGCAAGGUCACUACCAUCUAUAACUGCUUGUGGAACCUUGGCGCACUGGUUGUGGCAUGGAUCGCAUGGGGCACGAUGUACAUCAACAACGAUUGGUCCUGGCGGAGUUUGACUCUGCUUCAGGUUUUCCCCGCCGUGAUUCAGAUUUGCCUCAUUUGGUGGGUCCCGGAGUCUCCCCGUUGGCUGAUCUCCAAGGAGCGAUAUGACGAGGCUCUCCACACUCUGGCUUACUACCACGGCAAUGGCGAUGCGCACAAUGCGACUGUUCAAUUUGAGUACCGCGAAAUCAAGGAGACCAUUCGCCUGGAGAUGACAUACCAGAAGAACAGCAGCUAUCUGGACUUUAUGAGAACUCGAGGCAACCGUUAUCGUCUGGCUCUCCUGGUUUCCUUGGGAAUCAUCUCGCAGUACAGUGGCAAUGCACUGUUUAGCAACUAUACCAGCUUGAUCUAUAACAGCAUGGGUAUUACUGAGCAGACCAAGAAGAUUCCGCUGAACGGCGGUCAAACCCUGUUGAGUUUGGUGGUCAGUGUCAGCAGUGCGUUCUUUGUUGACCGAGUUGGACGACGACCCCUCUUCCUGAUCUCCACCGUGGGUAUGGUUCUCAUGUUCCUUGCAUGGACCGUCACUUCCUCGGUCUACGAAAAGACCCAGGACGUCAAGACCUCUGGAUAUCCUCAGGUCGUCUUUGUUUGGCUUUUCUCGGUCUUCUAUGCUAUCGCAUGGUCUGGACUUUUGGUCGCAUAUUCCCUCGAGAUUCUGCCCUACCGACUCCGUGCCAAGGGUAUCAUGAUUAUGAAUCUGACGGUCCAGGCCAGCUUGGUCCUUGGAAACUAUACCAACCCGAUCGCUUGGGAAAAUCUGCCCCACCACUGGAAUUUGUCGCUCAUCUACACGAUCUGGAUCUUCGUUGAGCUUCUAUUUGUUUACUUCUUCUACGUCGAAACCCGUGGACCUACUCUUGAAGAGCUGGCCAAGAUCUUCGACGGCGAGGAUGCAGCUGUGGCCCAUGUUGACCUACACGAAGUUGAGAAAGAUAUCCACACCACGCAUGAUGAGCGGGCGGUAUAA